AUUUACUGCAAUAACCUUUUAUCAAUUUUGUUUAACAGACAGUUUAUUUGUACCUAUACAUAGUUGUAUAUUAUAAUUCUCUUUGCAUAGUUGAGUAAUUGGGUGAUAGUGAAAGUCCUUGUGCAGUGUAAACGAUGUCAGAUCUAAUUGUGGAGGUUCAAGAAGGAAAAUUAAGAGGUCUAAUAUCAAGAACUGAUAAUGAUUUCGUCUACUACACGUUCAAGGGAAUUCCAUAUGCGAAACCACCUCUCGGGGAACUGAGAUUUGCGAUUACGUCUCGUGAAAAUCGUCAUAGAAACCUGCACAAAUGUUGACCGACCACAGUCACAGUCUAUACGCGCUGACAAGGAAACUUCAUCAAUUAUGCACUAAAAUAAAGGAUUGAUUAUAUUUUAAUUAUAAGCACCACAGCCAGCAGAGCCAUGGGAAGGAAUAAAAGAUGCGACAAAAGAAUGCAAUAUUUGCCCUCAAGUUGACAAAGAAACUGGUUAUGUGAUUGGAAACGAAGAUUGUUUGUUUUUGAACGUAUAUACUCCAAAACUACCCGAAAAUGAUAAACCACUCCUGCCAGUUAUGGUUUAUUUGCAUGGUGGAGGGUUCGUCUUCGGACACGGUACUGAUGCAACAGCUCAUGGCCCAGAUUUUCUAGUGCAAAGAGACGUCGUGGUCGUCAGUAUUAACUACCGACUCGGUGUGCUUGGUUUUGUCACUCUCAAUCGUAAAGAAGCCGCAGGAAAUAUGGGCUUGAAAGAUCAAGUUCAAGCCCUUAAAUGGGUUCAAAAGAACAUUGCUAAAUUUGGCGGAGAUCCGAAUAAUGUGACAAUCUUUGGAGUAAGCGCCGGCGGUGCGUCUGUCGAGUACCUACUGUUAUCUCUCACAGCAAGAGGACUGUUUCACAAGUCGAUUAUACAAUCAGGUUCCUCAUUGAAUCAAUGGGCACAAAAAGAUAGGAACGAAAUAAAAGCAAACGCAUAUAGAAUAGCGAAAGUAGCCGGGAAAGACAUAAUAAAUGACGAUCAAUUACUAGAUUACCUAAAGAAAUUACCAGUUGAGGAAUUAAUUAAGUUAUCAAUGAGUGUAAUACUAACUGAUUCGUUUAAGGGAGGUAUUAAUUUCACUUUCGUUCCGUGUGUGGAAGAGGAAGGCGACUGGGAAUCGUUUAUAAGCAAGUCUACUUAUAAAAUAAUUUCCGAAGGCGAAUUCACGAAGGUUCCGGUGAUGGUUGGAUUUUGUGAACGCGAAGGUCUUUUAGUAGUGUCACAUGCCGCGCCAAUUCUUGAGAAAUUGACUAACGAACAGAAUUUUUUGGAUCAUUUUCCUUUUGACAUUAGAGCGGACGAGCAAAAGGACAUGGAAGCAAGGUUAAAGAAUAUUUAUCUAGGAAUAGAAAAUUAUAGCGGAGAAAAAGAUACUUUUGCGAUAGAUUUCUUCUCAGAUGUAGACUUUUGUGGUGGUGUAUAUGUUGCGGCUAGUUGUAUGGCGAAAUAUAAUUCACCAACAUAUUUCUACGAGUUCUGCUACGAUGGUAAUCUGAAUUAUCUAAAAACUGCUUAUGGUAUUAAUCGUGCUGGAGCCGCCCAUGGCGACGAUGGUGGUUAUCUACUGAAAAGCAGUAAAUUGACGAAAGAGUUAAAUGACACCGAUGUUUUCGUACAAAACUGUAUGUUGUCAAUGUGGACUAACUUUGCUAAAUUUGGGAACCCUACUCCAGAAUCGGACAAUUCUAUUCCAAUCAAAUGGCAACCUAUGUCUGAAGAUGGAGAAAGCUAUUUGGUCAUAGACAAAACUUUGUCAAUGAGGAAAGAAUUCAGCCCACAAAGAAUGAAGAUUUAUGAAGAACUUUACAAAAACGAAGAUGAAGCUUAAUAAAGGCAACCUUAAAGAUAAAAGUUAUAAGAAAUUAAGUGUCUGAUUUUUUUUAAACUCUAAUUUUAAAAUUAUAAUAUCUUGAUACUAAGUUGCUUUUAUUGUAUUUAAAUGAAACUUAAUUAUCUGUGGAA